AUGUAAUAAGCAGAGAUACCAACAUUCUAGUAUCAAAAAGUCAAUUAAAAACUUGUAAAUUAAGAAGGAGAAGAAUUUGAUUACAUUAUGGAAGAUAAAGUAAAUGUUAAUUUUAAGUGUUGCAAGUUCUCAUUUACAAUUUGCUCUAUCUUUUAACCAAUAUUUGGUAUAUAUUUAAUAUAUUUAUGA